CAAUUCUCUCUCUCCCACAGAACUUGCGAAGAUGGUGCUCGUUUCGGUGCUCAACAACGCCCUCAACUCGAUCUGCAACGCUGAGAAGCGCGGCAAGCGCCAGGUCCUCAUCCGCCCGGCCUCCAAGGUUGUGGUCAAGUUCCUGACCGUCAUGAUGAAGCACAAGUACAUCAACGAGUUUGAGAUCGUCGAUGACCGCCGUGCUGGCAAGAUCAUCGUCAUGCUCACCGGGCGCAUCAACAAGUGCGGUGUCAUCUCGCCGCGCUUUGACGUCAAGCUUAAGGACAUCGAGAAGUGGGUCCAGCAGCUCCUCCCGUCCCGCCAGUUCGGUUCGCUCGUCCUCACCACCUCGUACGGUAUCAUGGACCACGAGGAGGCCCGUGCCCGCCACACUGGUGGCCGCAUCCUCGGCUACGUGUACUGA